AUGGCCCCAAAUUCACAAACUAUCAGACAUUCACAACGUAAUUUACCACAAAGGUUAUCAUCCUCAUUAUAUAGUGAUAAAUGUUUACCAACUCCGUUGUAUACUCCAGUUUUUUCUGAUAAUAAAAAUACUUUUACAAAUUAUCAAAAACAAAUAAAAACAAAUCCACCAUUUUUUAUUUCUGAUAAUAAAAAUAGUUCAAAAAAUAAGAAAAAUCCAUUUGACUAUUCAUUACCAGUCAAAGAGAUGGAUCAGCAGUUAGCAAAAAUAAGAGAAACUCCAUCUAAGAUUAUAUGUGAACGCAAAAAAAUAACAGUUUUUAUUGAUAUGUCAAAUUUUAGAGCAGAGGAUGUUCAAGUCUAUGUCGAGAAAGGUCGUCUUACCAUAUUAGCUGAACAAGAAGUUAAGCUUAAUAAUUCAACAACUGUAAUUAAAAAAUUCAGUAGAAAAUUUGUUAUUCCUGAUGAUGUAAGAAAUGAAUUUAUUGCAACAGAGUUGGAUGAAAAAGGUAAAUUAAAAAUAACUGCUUUGAGAGGAAAUUAA